AUGUCAAAUUCAACAGAACCGAAAACACCGACAGUCGAAUCGAACGAUUCGGAAAGAAACUAUAAUGUUGAAGAGGAAGACAAUUCAGAUGUGGACCAUUUUUCGUGGGCUAAAAAGAAUGUUUUAAGCACGCCAAGUGUUUUAGAUACUAUUGUGGAACAAAUACAUCCAGAUAUUAUGGCAAGGUCGCAUCAAUCAAAUUUUGUGAUAUUUCCACCUAAAUUAGAGGGCUGUUCUGUUAUUGACCUGGGUUGUGGCGUUGGUCGUGAUGUUUUUAUCUUAUCAAAACUUGUCGAGGAAAACGGUCGAGUUAUCGGUAUUGAUUCAGAAAAAGAUCAAUUGGAUUUUGCUCGUCAACAUAUCCGUUAUCAUGCGAAUAAAUUCGGAUUGAUGAAACCAAAUGUUGAAUUCAUCCAUGGAGAAAUUGAUAGAUUAGAAAAAACAAAGAUUAAAGAAAAUUCAAUUGAUGUUGUUGUGUCAAAUAGCGUUAUUAAUCAUCGACGAAAUAAGAAAGCAAUCAUUGAAGGUGUUUGCAAAUUACUCAAAGUUGGCGGAGAAUUUUUUUUUUCGGACGUCUAUGUCAAUCGACCGAUACCAGAAGAAUAUCAAGAGUUAUUAUCCGAUGAAUAUAUCAGCGGAGCUCUUCAAUGGGAAGAUUUAAUAUUGUACGCAACAGAAGCAGGCUUUACGCAACCACGUCUCGUUACAGCUAAACCAGUAACAAUUGAAAAUGAAGAUAUUCAACAAGCCAUUGGUGACGCGAAGUUUGUUUCAGCUAUAUUUCGUUGUUUUAAAUUACCGCUCAAUGAUAACCAUGCAACACUAUUUAAUGUACCAUAUCAAUUAACAUAUGAAACACCGCUACUUAGUUGCGAAGAAGAAUUUUUCUUUGAUCAUCUAACUCAAUUUAAACUUGGUGAAUUAUUGGUCGUACAAGAUCCAAUGAUUGCUCUUGCAUUGAAUAUAGCACGAUAUAGGGAUAAUUUUAUUUUUGAUCCAAUUGAAAAUUCAAAUACGAGAAUGACAACGAUUGAAGAAUUACAAGACAACAGUAAUGAGCAGACUGGAGAAGUCUACCUAUCAAAUGUAGCUUGGAAAAAUUUAUUAUCAGGUUCCAUAAAAACUGAUCAUCAUAAGAAACACAGUGUUACAAUAAACGAAUCACCGAUACAAAAAGCUAGAACAUGCUUUCGAUUUUCACCUGGUAAGCCAAUGUUUGAACAAACACGUUACAUUGAAUAUCAACUCAAACAAAUCUUAUCGGAUUUUUUCAAAAAAACAGCGAAUGCAUCCAUACAUCGAAGAUAUCAUUGUUAUUAA